GCCGCUGUUGCGCCUUCUUCAGGACUGUGCCCGUCUCCCAUGUGUUCUCUCAGUCAUGCUUCCUGGGUAUGGAUUCUUCCCUCUCCCUGACUUCCAGCCUCAUCUACACGCCUUCCGUUUCCGAGGAAAGAGCCCCAGCAUGUGGAUCCCGGUCUCAGGCGAGUCCCAGGCUUUGAGCGAGGCCCCGGACAACAUGCCUCUCCUCCGGCAGUGCCACCACAAGCACAUCGCUGUGUGUCAGCAGGAGACUCUGACCUUCAUCGAGCUGCAGCCGCCUGUGACACCCAGUGUCAAAGGCUGGGGCUCCCCAAGUGCAGACACUCAACGCUUCAGCCCGUUGUCUCUGAAUCAUCGUAAACACACAAGUGAAGCACAAAUUGGCAGUGGGAGAAGUAAACCUGAUUAUUUCACUGAUACUGAUACGGACCUGAGUUUAGACUCUCAGACGCUAGGGUGCGAGGUUGAGCUGGUUAUCCAGGAAGAUAUCAGGACUAACCCUCCAGUGCAGGAGCAGUAUGAGAGACCCAUGACGGUGUCAUCUGUGUUUCUUCCCCUCCACGCAGCYCUCAGCCUGCCCCUGUCACUCCCUCUGUCCUCCCUGUACAGAGACACAGACUCCUGGGACUCUCAGCCACCUGGCUCUCCAUCCUCUCCUGAGCUUCCGUGGCUGCAGAGCCCAGAUACCUGUCGACCCCAGAGGAGGUCAUCACAGAGCUCCCUCAGGGAAAAGUCCAUCCGGCGUAAGGUGCGGGUGUAUUCACCAGACAGCCUGAGUGACGAGUCUCUGGCCAGCCCCAUUCUGGACGGCGACUACCUUUUCCCAGGACCCUUUGACUUCUUUCUGGAAGAGGACCUCAGGGGAGACCCCCAAACCCCCGACCCCCCAAAGAUUCCACCUCUGUCCGCAGAGCCACAUCGGUCGUCAGAGGACCCCUCUGUCUUGAACUCUGGGGCUGUAGAGAAUUCCUCGGCCACCGGGGGGAGCGCUUUAGCCUGCUCUCGUAUGGCGGAACAUGAGCGGCGGCGCUUCUCUGCCUCUGAGCUGAUCUCACGGCUGCAGCUGUCCCAGAGGAAGAACUCGUUCACGCUAAAGCUAGGCAAGUCGCUGUCGGCUCGCGUGGCUUCCCGUGACAGGCAGACCUCCAGCAACCUCAGCCCCAGCUCUGACUAUAAGUCCACUUCCAGGCACCGUGGCGCAGGUGGUUCCAGUCACAGCGCCCCCCACAGUCCUGUAGGACCUGUACCGCCACUACCCACUGCUGACAAUAACACGCAACAACAUCAACGGAGCACCGGAUUCACAAUCAAAAAUAUGAGGAAGAAAUCCAUCGAGGAGGAUUGGUGCACUCCUCCCACAGUCAGCAGCUCCAAUCGUCUGUCACGGUUUCUCCCCAGCUCAAUUCUGUACCAGGAGUACAGUGAUGUUGCAAUCAACCGAGAAAUCCAGAGGCAGCAGGGGGAGGAGCCAGGUGCUGAGGAGGAGAGGCUAGGGGUGGAAGGGGCUGGGGAGGCCCCAUCUCCGUCCAAUCUGUCUCCGUCUAGCUCCUUUUGCUCGUCACGAGGCUCCGCCUUCUCCCUGUGGCAGGACAUCCCUGAUGUCCAGACCAGCGAUCAGCUGGACAACUUCAGCAACGAGGAGCGCAAACUACAGGAGGCCAAGUUUGAGCUAGUGACGUCUGAGGCGUCGUACAUCCGGAGCCUGGCCAUCGCGGUGGACCACUUUAUGCUGUCCCAGGAGCUGGGGGAGUGUCUGGGGACCCAGGACAGACAGUGGCUCUUCUCCAAGCUCCCCGAGGUCAAGGACGUCAGUGAGCGGUUCCUGCAGGACCUGGAGCACAGGUUGGAGGAGGACAUCUUGCGUUUUGAUGUAUGCGACAUCGUCCUGGCCCACUGUCCCGCCCUGCGAAGGGUCUACCUCCCCUACGUGACCAACCAGGCCUACCAGGAACAGACCUACCAGCGCCUGUUACAGGAGAAUGCUCGCUUCCCAGGUAUCCUGGCUCGUUUGGAGGAAGACCCCAUCUGCCAGCGUCUUCCCCUUGCCUCCUUCCUCAUCCUCCCCUUCCAGAGGAUCACACGGCUUAAGAUGCUGGUGGAAAAUAUCCUGAAGAGGACAACACCAGGCUCUAGGGGUGAGGACACAGCCACCAAGGCCUUCAAUGAACUGAAAAAGCUUAUAAAGGAGUGUAACUCCAGUGUGCAAUCAAUGAAGAGGAUGGAAGAGCUCAUUCACCUCAAUAAGAAGAUCCACUUUGAGGGCAAGAUAUUCCCUCUGAUCUCCCAGUCUCGCUGGUUGGUCAAACACGGGGAACUGCUGGAGGUGGACACACAGACCAUGAGUAUUUCUGGGUCAAAGUUCAAGUUGCCCACAAGGCCUGUGUAUCUGCAUCUGUUCAAUGACUGUCUUCUGCUGUCCAGGAGGAAAGACACGUGGAAGUUCAUGGUGUUUGUUCACGCUAAGAUUGGGCAGCUGAAGGUGAAGGACCUCAGUCAGAAGCUCCAGGGYAUCUCAGGCUUCAUCUUCCAUCUCCAACUGUGUGAGGGCCAGCAGCUCAAACACCAGAUCCUGCUCAAGGCCCACACUGAGAGUGGGAAACAGAGAUGGAUCACAGCCAUGUUCCCCUCUGAUUCAUUGGAAGACAUUGAGCAAGCCAGUGAGAAUGAUGAUCUUUCUCAAGUUCAGUGCAUCAAGAGCUACCAGGCCCAAGAGCAUGACGAGCUAACAUUGGAGAAGGCUGAUAUUCUUCAAGCCAAGACCAUUACAAGUGACGGCUGGGUGGAGGGCAUUCGGCUGUCAGAUGGGGAGCGGGGCUGGUUCCCCAAAACCAAUGUAGAGGAGAUCACAAAUCGCAGUGCGCGUCUCCGCAACCUCAGAGAAAACAUCCGCAUCAAGUGUGUCACACAGAAACUGGAGGAGGAGCCCUUUUAAGUGUCCUCUCCACCCUGCAGCUUUUAACUUACACUUGGAAUGUCCAAUCGUAAUGGUGUAGUAACUCUCAACCCCAAAUAUCUAUAAGUCCCAGCUUUUACGCAACACCAGUUAUAUAAUAGCUGAGCAGUUUUAGGUGAUCUGGAUGUGGGAGCUUUAUUUAGUCUGCAGGUGCUCAUAAGAUUUGGUGUAUCUUGACCAUAAGCAAUAUAGCUAAGUAAUAUGGUUUUCCAGCUGCAUAGCAGUAAUUUCCUUUCACUCAUGCUUGCUAUGACUGCAUAUUCAACUACUGUAACACAACUACUGGGACAUCAGAAAUCAAGUGUUUUUCUUUACCCCAAGCACUUUAAUUGUCAUCUUAAAGAGUCCUCUYAGCAUCAGAAAUAAACACAAUUUCAGACAUACUGUACAUUCAAAUCAUGACUAGCCUACUAAUUUACUAAUGGAAAAAGUCAAUUUCAACAAAACAUUGAGGAUUACAGAGUUUGUACAUCUUCCCUGUGAUUUGACAGUGAGAGCUGUUUACACGUAGACAAAAAUUAAGAUGGAAGCACAUMAUAUUAUUGACCAACCACUACUACCAUCUACAUGUAGAAGUACACCAUUCCAUUGGCACAUUAUUAUUAUUUUUAAAUAUACCUUUGUUGGAUUUCUGAGUUGUUAGUACUAAUUUAAAUGAUUGCUGUUGCAGCAUGUUUAUUUGUUUAUGCUCCUAGCUGGUUAUUCUCUAUGGAGAAAAUGAUGUAAAUUUACAUUCUGUAGAUGUACUUACAUGUUUAAAUGAAUAUAUGUCUAAUUUACUAUUAUGACUGUAAUUUAUAAGGGCCAGGAUCUGCCAAAAACAUGCCAUACCAUUAAAACAAAUAUUAGAAUUGAGAAAUAUAGAUUACAAAAGACUAAUAACACAUGUGAGCUACUUGAGAUUUCUGGUUGUGUGCACAAUACUGUAAAUGCUUUACCCCUGAAAUAAAUGCACCUAAUUACAUUUUUCWGUGA